UCUGUGACGCGUGUCUGUUGGUUGGGCAAACAUCGUAACUGCGUAUUCAGGGGCUUAUAGAGGGAAUACUUAUGUUAUUCAAGUACAGAUUAAAAGUCUGUCAUACGCUCAAUAACACCGUUCCAAACGUUUUCCAUAAUAUUACAUUUGUUAAUUUUGUGAUGUAUUAUAAUGAAGAAAUUGCUCAUUAUUUCAUUUCUGGUGUUGCAGACUUCAGCAUCGUUUUACGACGCGUUUGCUCCAGUCGAAAACAGUUUUGGAAAACUGGUCACAGACGUUGUAUCAGACUUAAAAGACACCAUCGACUGUGCGAUAUACGCUGUUGAACGUGUACUGUCUUUAGAUGGUUUAUUCGGCCAUCAACCCAGUAAUUAUGAAGAAAGAUGUAAAGGACAAAAAGAAGAGCAAUCUGUUGAAAAUGGUCAACUGUCUUCAGAUUCAGAAGAAAUAACGACAGAAAAACCUCAAGUAAAGACAAUAAAACAAAUAAUGUCGCAAGAAAUUCAAAACUCAGUAUCCAACGCUACGACACAAAUCAAGACUAUUUUAGAACAAAGCCAAACGCACCAAAAAAUUACAAAUGUUAAAGAUUCACUUAGAAACGAAACCGAUCGCUUAACCAAAAUCAGUUUAAUGUUAAGCCAACAAAUAAGCAAAAUUCCGGAAAACGUGAAAAAGAAGUUCGAAUUUAAACAAGAUCGACCAAGUUUGGAAAAUGUGUUGGAUGAGGUAAAGUUUUUAUACAAAGUAGAACAGAAAGAUAAGGGUAGUGCCGAAGCAAAUGAAGUGCGUCAAGUUUUCUAUCAAGUGCUUAAUGUGUUACAUGCUAAUGAAACUAACGAUAAAUUGUCAGACGAAGAUGAAGUAAAAAAAAUUAUAGAAAAUCUUGGAAAAUUAUCAAAUAUCUCUGUAGUAGACGUAGAAAAUCAAGUUUCACAGUGGACGAACGAACAAAAACAAUUACUUAUUGUCACGAAAAACGAUACACCACCAACGCAAUCAGAAAUUGCUCACUUUGACGUGAAAAUUAAACUUGACACGAAAUCAUUAAAAAGUAAUCCCAAAAAAUAUGACGAAAUGGAAAAGGGACAAAUCGAAUUGGCUGGAUUUUCAAGAAGUGUGAAAAACCUGACUAAAAGUGAUCUCAAGAAAGUAAAUAGUACGUCGCAAAACGACAAAAUACAACUAUUGACAGAACAUAGAAAUUGUUCUACUGAUCGGUUUUUGUCUCAUGAAAUCGCCGAAGCAGGUGUCUCUACUACUAAUACACCACAAACGACGGAACAAAUUACAACUAUCUCAAAACAACCAAAAAUACCACCAAUUCCAGUGCUUGUUGGGAUUAGCCCAUCUACUAAUCAAUCAUCUGAGACUAUAGAAAAUGCAAAGUCUGCCUUCGUUGAUUCUUCAUCUGAAUCUAAAAUGACAUCCAGUGGCUCAGUAAUAUUAGAUAAAAUACGUGUUUCUGAAGAAUCUAUAUUCCAAACAAAGAAUCAAACCUAUGCCACCUCUUCUAUAUCUGUAAAUGGAACCUUCCCACAGGCAGAUGAACAAACUACUUUCUCGAAAGAUUCUGUUGCUUCCCACCGUAAGAAUCUUAUUGAUAUUUCUACCAUUGCUCCAGUGUUACAGAAAAUCAACACUUCCGCUAAUUCUUUGUCUCAGGUUAGGAACUUAGCGACUGCUUCCACGAAACAGCCAGGACAGGCACCUGUAAUCAAAGUUACUUCUCUUCCACCAGAGAAUCCAGUUGAUAUUCAUACUUCAUCUAUUCCGUCGUAUAAUCCUGUAAAUGGUGUUAUCUCAAACACAACUAUUGAACAAGCACCUGUUUCGAAAACACCUAGUUCUCUAUAUAUGUCUACUUCUCCUUUACUUUUGCUAACGAAGCAAAAGUUUGCUUCUUCGAUAAAGUCGUCUGAACCUGUGAAUGAUGUUUCACACAUAACACCUUCACCUCAGACAAUUGAACCAAAAUCUAAAGUAGCGGAUUCUUCCCAACCAAAUAAUAACGUUGUUAUCACCAAUGCUUCCGGGCCUGUAUUGUUGAAGCAACCUAGCAUUUCUAUUAAGUUUUCGUCUCAAGCUGUGAAUAUAGCAAGUAUAUCUACCACCCAAAAUUUUCAGACAAACCAACAAACAACUGUCCCGCAAUAUACAGCUUUUCAAACAAAUAAUGGAGUUUAUAAUAUCUCUAAUGCUUCUAUACCUCUGAGUAUGAAGCAGAUAAUGGUUCCCUCUGACAAGUCUUCUCAUCAAACUGUGACAGACACGAAUAUACCAGCGACACAGUCAGCACUAGCAAUUAAACAAACAAGCAUUGGAUCUGUUUUGUCUAAUCAAAAGAAUGACGUUGGCAUUUCUACAACACAAUUGCCUCAUUCGGUGAAAAAAGCUCCUGUUUCCGACGAACACGACUUACCUGGGAAUAGGAAACAAUUACUUCAAACUCAGAACCAAUUACCAUUACUACCUGCAAUCCUACCAUCAACAUUAAAUGAAGAAACUUACAUUUCUAUGCGGCAACCGCCACGAUCAACGACACGGCAUCACACAGCGCAGCAAGAAAAUCCUGUAAUGGAACAAGAGAAGUUCAACUUAGCAAGUCGUGUAAUAGAACAGGAGCAGUCAAACAUUGCAAACCGUCUAAUAGAAGAAGAAAAGUCCAAGAGACCAAACCGUUUAAUGGAACAAGAAAAUACCGAUAUAGUAAACCGUGUAAUAAUACAGGAGAAGUCAGACAUAACAAGAAUUGCAAACCGUAUCAUACAACAAGAGAAGGCCGACACACCAGACCGUAUAAUAGAACAAAAGAGAGCCGACAUAGUAAACCGUGUAGUAGCACAUGAAAAGUCUGAUAAAGAAAAUCCAGUAAUAGGACAAGAGAAGUCCGACACACUAAACCAUGUAAUGGAAGUAGAGAAAACCGACACAGUAAACCGUGUAAUAGCACAGGAGAAGACACUACUAAGUUCACUAACGAAGGGUCCAAAAAUGCGAAUUACGACGCAAUCAAAUCCACCUGAUGCGCAAAAUGUUCCAUCACCGACGACGGCUCCACCGGUUCUUAAGACAUUCCAAGAUGUGGCAAAAAGUAUAUUUACAGAAUCAAGUAUGACUGCUAGACAGCGAGAUGAAGAACUCACACAAUCAUUUUUUGAGGAGUUUGGCGAUGAAGAGGAUCCAUUCGCUUAUGGUGAUGCGACUGCUGAAGGUAUAGAAAAAUCGAACCUGUUUAAUGAUUUCUUUGAGCCACAAGAUCAGCAGUCACAUAAAGCAGCCGUAGAAAGUGCGAAGAGUAUCAUAGCACAGAGUAAACGAUCGAAUGCGGUAAUGAACAACUUAUUAAAAAAUUCAGACCCCGCAGCUGAACCGAGUGCGUUUGAUAACCCUGACGAUUUUUUUGAUUUUGAUACGAAAUAGGUUAUUAAAUAAACUUGAUUUACCGUCUAUAUUAACUGUAAUAAAAUUAGAAAAUUUAAGAAAUAUUUUAAGACAAUUUUAUGUAAUUAUAACGUAAACACAUAAGUAUAUCGAAUAUUUUUACAUGACAUUGUGUAAGAUUUUGUAUACACUACUUAUACAUAUUUAUAUUUUUGUAUUUACAA